CUUACAAAACAAUAAAAGGUUUCGAGUAUUUAAAUACCUUCUAGUAUUUCCCACAUAGUAUUACACACUGGUAAAUUACGUGGGCUCGACCAUAAAAGUAACUAAUUUCAUUAACAUUUUUCAAUAAAUAGAAGAGUCGUCAAGUAGACGGUUGUGUAUCCAAAUUCGGCAAUCACCUUUAUUCAAGAGAAGAUCAAAGAAGUCAAAACAAGCAAGUAUAAUGAACGUGCCAUACCAAGAUGAUCCUGAUUACCCAAAAUCAUUAGACAACAAUGACCCUAUGGGACAUUUUAGACAACGAUUUUUCCUCAAGAAAGACAGCAUCUAUAUGUGUGGCAAUUCCUUGGGUCUGGCCACAAAGGACGCCGAAGAAUGUGUCUUAGAAGUCAUGGAAAGGUGGAAAGACGAAGGAAUCAAAAUAUGGACAGUCGACGACAACAAAUAUUAUUUAUAUUCCAGAUACUUAGCGAAACUCAUGGCUCCCAUCGUCGGAGCAGAUCCUGAUGAGAUAGCAAUCUUUGGAGGAACUACAAUCAACAUCCAUCAAGGAAUAAGUACGUUUUACAAACCUACAAAGGACAAGUACAAGAUAUUGGUGGACGACAUCAACUUCCCUACAGACCGGUAUGCAGUAGACAGCCAAGUAAUGUUACAGGGUUACGAUCCCAAAGACGCAGUUAAAGUUGUGAAGAGUAAAGGUAAAUUUAUGGACGAAGAUGACAUUGUAAACGCCAUGACAGAAGAUGUGGCGCUUAUAUUCCUGCCUACAGUGUACUACAGAAGCGCUCAGGUACUAGACAUGGUCAAAAUAACUAAGGCAGCUAAAGAAAGGGGUAUUCUUAUUGGAUGGGACCUUUGCCACGGUGUUGGAGCAAUUGAAAUCAAUUUAAAAGAAAUAGAUGCUGAUUUUGCAAUCUGGUGUACUUAUAAAUAUUUGAACGGAGGACCUGGAUCUUCUGCAGCCAUAUACGUCAACAGGAGACAUUUUAAAAGGUUACCAGGUUUAGCUGGAUGGUAUGGUAACAAGAUAGAGACUCAGUUUCUAUUGAGACAGGAAUUUGAUCACCAACAAGAUGCGAAUGGGUGGCAGAUUGGAACGCCUAAUGUUUUAUCGAUGGCGUCUUUAGAGGGGGCUUUGAAGGUGAUCAAUGAAGCAGGAGUGGCGAAUAUGAGGAAGAAGUCUUUGCACAUAACGGGUUACUUGAUGUACCUUAUUGAGAAGAAACUAUCGAAUUAUGGAUUCACUAUUGGGAAUUUGCGGGAAGACAGUAAGAGGGGCGGUCAUGUAUGUUUAGAACAUGAUGAAGGUUACAGAAUCAGUAUUGCAAUGAAGAAGAGAGGUAUUGUUCCCGAUUUUAGAGACCCCAACGUGAUCCGUGUGACACCUACGGCUUUGUACACGAGUUACGAAGAAGUUUAUCGAGUAGUCGAAAUCUUACUAGACAUUGUUAGAACUGAGAGCUACAAAGAGAUUAACAAGAAUAGGAACUAUGUAGUUUAGUAAGUAUAGCUAUGUCAUUUCUCAAUUUUUUUGUACUCGAAAACAAUAUUUGUUUGUGUAAGAUUUCGAUGUAUAUUAUAUGAUUAUAAUUAAGUAGAACAUUUUGUGUGAUAAUACUGUCUGACUUAUCACUUAUCGUGGAGUUUGUAAAGGUAAUGGUAAGGUAAAGGUUGUCUGUGAUGAAAGUAAAGAAUAGAAAUAAAACAAUCAGUAUUUGGUUUUCUUUAUAUUUUAAAUUGAAAAUAGGCUUAUACUAUUUUACUCAAGUUGCAAUGUGAUUAUAUCAACAUGCCAUAAAAUUUAUCCUAUCACAAGUCCAGAAUUAUAUUAGACACAAUUUUUGGAGGUUUUAACAAAAAAAUAUUCACACUUACUAUAAUCACACCACAACGAUCCAUUUAUAAAUAAAAAAAUAAUUAUGUAUAAUAAUUAACAAAAUGUCAAAACGUCAUUCCUUCUCAGUGUUGCCGGCCGAAAUAAAAAAUAUCUAUUUUAUACUAACAACAUCUGCGUGUGACUUUUCGUACUUACAACUUAUCUGGGAUGUACAAUAAUGAACCCUAUUUUAAUUUUAAUAAACCUUAAUAAUAACAGUUUUUUCUAUUAAUCAUUAUCAUUUAUUAUUUACAGUAAUUUACAUCACAAGAGUAUGUUGCAUGGUGGUUGUUAACAAUACAACAUUUUAUGUCCAACAUAAACUAACGUAAGGAACUAACAGUAAGGACCAAAAAGGUCUAAUUUCAGGUUCAAACAAAAAGUUUUCCUUCUUUUUGAAUUUAGGAUAGAAUCGAAAAGAUUUUAAAUAAAUCACGCAGAAAACUUUUAGUUCAAACCAUCACAUUUUUCAUGAAAUGCUAGCUGGAACUUAUCUUACUCAGGAGUCCCAAUUUACUACAGUUAACUUAUCGUUAUAAAUAGUAGUUCCCUAUACAAUUUCACUUGGCCGUUCGAUUCAAAUGCUGAUAUAGGAUACAUUAACAAAACUACAUUUGUAUGUAACACUGAGUUGGCAACUUGCUAAUACAAGUAUAAUAACUACAACAUUCGGACUUAACAAUGGAGGA